CAUGCCGUCUGUCAUGCGCGCUCGAAUAAUCUGAUUGGAUAACUGUUUACUAUCCACAAUCAAAUGGCUUUUCUCGCUGUAAAAAAGGUUUCGAAGUCUGCGCCUGAAACGCUGCCUUUUUCUGGCAAAUGCGAUUAAUAAUUAAAAGGCCAGAUCGAUAUUUGCGUCAUGUGAAGCUACGGAUUAUUUUCCGACCCUUGUACAGCGGUGUUUUUUUUCAAUCCCCGGCCGGCGUCAGCAAAACCAAGAUGUCGGAAUUCAAAGACUUUGGACCGCUUGUUGGAGCUAUCGAUCAAGGGACAUCGAGCAGCCGAUUUCUGCUCUUUGCCAGUAACACAGCUGAGCUCCUUGCCUUCCAUCAAGUAGAGUUCCAGAGCAUCUACCCAAAAGAAGGAUGGGUUGAGCAGGACCCAAAAACACUUCUGUCAUCAGUUUACCAGUGUAUGGAGCAAACCCUACAGAGCUGCAAAGAGCUAAAUAUCAACCCUACUGAUAUCAAAGCUGUAGGUAUCACUAAUCAAAGAGAAACAACUGUUGUCUGGGAUAAAGUAACUGGAGAACCACUUCACAAUGCAAUAGUUUGGCUGGACACCAGGACAAAGUCAACAGUGGACAAAAUUGUCUCAAAGAACUCAAAGAGCACCCUUGAAAAUGUCAGAUCAAUUUGUGGACUGCCCGUCAACACCUACUUCAGUGCUGUCAAGUUGCGGUGGUUGAUUGAUAAUAGUGAACCUGUCCGUAAGGCUGUAGAUGAUGGCAGGUGUAUGUUUGGCACAGUUGACUCAUGGCUUCUUUGGAACAUGACAGGAGGGCCUAAUGGAGGCCAACAUAUCACAGACAUCACUAACGCCUCUAGGACAAUGCUCUUGAACCUGAAGACUCAAGAAUGGGACCCCUACCUUUGCAAAUUUUUUGACUUGCCCAUGAGUGUCCUACCAACAAUAAAGAGUUCAUCAGAAAUAUAUGGCAAAUUGUGUGAUGGGCCAUUAAGUGGUACUCCCAUAUCUGGGGUUCUUGGUGACCAGCAAGCAGCGCUUGUGGGACAAAUGUGUUUCCGACGUGGAGAGGCAAAGAACACGUAUGGCACAGGUUGUUUCCUACUGUACAACACCGGCAUCGAGCCUGUGUUGUCGCACAAUGGACUGCUGACGACAGUCGCUUAUAAACUCGGCCCAGACCAGCCGACCUUCUACGCACUUGAGGGCUCUGUUGCCAUCGCUGGUGCAGCUGUUCAGUGGCUAAGGGAUAACAUGAAACUUAUUGAGAACUCAUCAGAGAUAGAAGCCCUUGCGUCGAGCGUGCCCACCUCGGCAGGAGUAUACUUUGUGCCCGCCUUCUCUGGUCUGUAUGCGCCUUAUUGGCAAAUGGACGCUCGCGGGGUAAUCGUAGGUCUGACGCAGUUCACAAACAGGGCGCACAUAGCACGUGCUACGCUAGAGGCUGUUUGCUUCCAGACGAGAGAGCUGUUAGACGCGAUGAAUGAAGACUGUGGUAUACCGCUGGCCAGUUUGCUUGUGGAUGGGGGUAUGACUGUUAAUAGACUCUUGAUGCAGCUACAAGCAGACAUCCUGGGGAUUUCCGUAGAGCGACCAACAAUGCCUGAGACAACAGCUCUCGGAGCCGCCAUGGCCGCGGGAGCAGCUAAAGGGAUUGAGGUCUGGGACCUAAACCCCGAAGACAAGUCACAAAUUAACACAGAAGUAUUUGACCCAGCCAUGGAUACCUCUGAGCGUGAUCGCCACUUUUCCAAGUGGAAAAAAGCCGUACAGCGGACCAUGAAAUGGGAAGUAGAUGAGCCUGCAGACAGCGGUUCGUCAUAAAGAUUCUUUUUUUCUUGCUAAGAGGAGAAAUCAACGUCGAGUAUCCUUGGUCCAGCGAUGUUUAUAUGUGGAGCUGUUAGCAUUUUAUUAUUCGCAAGCGCCGCUAGAUAGUAUUCGAUUUUUAUUAGAUUUUUUAUGAAUUUUUGUUGAAUUCGUCGUAGCACGAUGACCAAAAUUUGAUUUUGCAAUUCUUAUUAGUCAAUGAAACCACCUUAUUCGCUCGAAAUUUUCCUGAUAUGUCUAAAAAAAUACAGGUCUUCAUUGAUUGGUCUACAUUGUUUGAGUACCACUAAAAGAAUCACACCCCUUGGACUUUGGCCGUAAUGAGACGACCACGAUAUGUAAUUACAAAUUAAUUAAAGUGCCUUCACGCGGGUACUCAUGGCAACGAAAUAAGUAUUAGCGCGCAAAGCCUCAUGGGAGUGAGGGCCUCGUAGUUACAGCCAGGCCUUGAUGUAAGACCCCAUGGUCAGUACUUCAUAUAGGGCAAGGGAGCUGCCAGUUCAUGGGGUCUUACAUGAAGUACUAACCUCAUGUAAAUAAGGAUUUUCCGCUCAAAGGAAACUUUGUAGCACAAAAAACAAAAUGCGAUAUAGUUCUGUAAAACACAUGCGUUUUUUAUUUUUAUUUUUAUUUUUUUUGUCAGUAUUGUUGUGGGUUUUUCAAUGAAGCAUUUAUCUUCAUUAAAUUAUGGGUAUUGUAAUUGUGAAACAUCUACAAUUUCAAAAUAAAGUUAACGAGAAAAUAUCA